UGACUUGGCGCUGACUCCACUUUUUAGAAGUUCUCCUUUUUUGCACUGGAUAGAGAAAAAGAGAUAACAAGAAUACAAUUUGGGUAGGGGAAAUAGUGACACCAAAAGGAUCAAUUGAAGUGGACUCAAUAUAUGGACGUGUACGUAAUAGAAACACUGCAAGAAAGGAGGACUAUUUCUUUAAAUAUAUAUAUAUAUAUAUAUAUAUUUGCGAAAGCACAUUUUGAACCACUGGGGAAAGUUAAUGUUAUCUUUCUUUCAUAAUUUAAUAAUUUUCGUUCUACUGCAAGAAUCCAAACCUUACUUCAUGUAGUAGCCUAUAAUCUACAAUGUAACUCGUCAGGAAGAGAGCCAGCGAACGUGGACCCAUGGAAUAGAAACACGCUCUUUCGAAGAAAAAUAAUAAUACAAUUCUGCAUGCAUCCUAACUUUCCAUUUAUUUAAUGUGAAAAAAAGAUGUGGUAGUCUUUCACUUGUUAAUCAACUCACAAAAGCCAAGCAUGCAACAGGAACGCUUGCUGAAGGUCCUGGUCAUCGGUGACUUAGGUGUCGGAAAGACGUCAAUAAUCAAACGUUAUGUCCAUCAGAUAUUUUCCCAACAUUACCGAGCCACUAUUGGAGUCGACUUUGCCCUCAAAGUACUUAAUUGGGAUCACAAGACGGUCGUGCGUUUGCAGCUGUGGGACAUCGCAGGCCAGGAGCGCUAUGGCAACAUGACACGGGUCUACUAUCGUGAAGCUGUCGGAGCGUUGGUGGUCUUUGACAUGACCCGGGCUUCUACUUUUCAGGCUGUCCUCAAGUGGAAGAGAGACCUGGACUCAAAGGUUGCCCUGGGUAACGGCAGGCCAGUGCCAACGGUACUACUGGCUAAUAAGUGUGAUCAGCUGAGGACUGGCCUCUGCUCUAAAUUGCCCAAGCUGGAGACCUUUACUAAAGACCAUGGCUUCAUAGGGUGGUACGAGACCUCCGCCAAGGACAACACCAACAUUGACGCGGCCAUCACAUGUUUGGUCGAGAGCAUCAUGGCUUUGGAGGCCGAGAGGCCACCUGACGGGGACCCCAGAGACCCCAACGUCCUGGUCCUGCCGCGAUUUGACUACAAUCUGAAAGACAGGAGAGGGGUGGCUGGUCUGCCCGGCUGCGACAGCUGCAAUAAGAAGCUCAGCCUGCCGAGCCGGAGGGAGAUGGGGGAUAUCUGAGGGGUUAAGAUGGAGGGAUGAGAGAUAUAGGGCAGCCUAUCAGCAUAGAGCAGUCUGAAGGCGAAUAGGGCACCAUUCUUUGCCAAAGUGUCGUACAGCCAACCAACCACACGGUGCCACUGAAGUAACCAUCAAUGAAACGUGGAAUCAAUGAAACAUGAAUUCAAUAACAAGAAUUAAACUUUUAACACACUUUCCAAAUAACACUGCAUAUAUUUUCUAACUCUGUUACAUGUGCAUACUGGUGUGUUUAAUAAUUAACCAUUAACAGUCGGCAAUCAGGUAUCAUUCACGUUCAACCAGGGUUUUCAUCGGAAACUAUGUCCACUAAGCAACUGCUUGGUAUGUGGAAUCAAGAUGUUGACAAGACCCCCGCCCCCAAGAGAAAAAUACAUUGAAAAGAUGAAUUUACUUUAUCAUAAAAACAUUGAUAAAGACUUGUGUGUGUGUGUGUUACAGAUCCAUACUCCUCCAGAUUUGGGGUGUUAUUCAUAGAAUCUGUUUGCCUUGCCUCCUAGCACUCUAUUGGCUCCUUCAGGCUGCUCAAAGUGUCUGUGUGCUCAAGGUUGGUUGUUGCCAAGAGAAUAUCUUUUCUCCAGCAUGUGGGUUUCCAGUGUACACUUCCUGGAAGAACUAGCAAUGUGAUUAAAAACCAUACACAUCUCAACUUUGAAUGUCCCAGGUCCGCUGGGAGUUGUGCACAUCGAAUACACAUUCCUGCAAUUUUACACAUUUUGACACCACAGACAAUCCCGAUCAAUAGCAGUUUAGAUAAUUUCAUUCCUUGCUUCUCUGAUGAACAACAGCACACACAAGUUAAUAGCUCUGUAUAUUUGGAAUAUGAUUUAAAAAACAGACUGAAAACAAGAUAUCUAACUGACAUGAGAAUAAUGUAGGCCAGUGUUUUACACAAUAACCAAGCUGUAACACAAGAGCACCAUAAAAUAACACUAAAUAGGUUUAGCCGUUUAUUCUAUUGUCUCCUUUUUUAUUACUCACCUGUGCAUCCAUCCUACUGUCGCUCACAUCCAUCUGACAGUUCCUUGCUUCUGGCUCUGACUCACUCUGCAGAAAUCUGUCAAAUAAAACACUCUGGACAUUCCCUACCAAUGCCAAUUCAAAUCUAUUCAUGUCUUAAAUAAAGUGCAUAGCUGAAAACCUGAUAACUAAUGACAUGAGAAUAACAGACUGUAGACCAGUAGUCUACAUGACUGAUGUAACACAGAGUACUGUGAUACCUAUUACAUUAAACCAGUUUAGAGGGCCAUUUUCUGAUGUAACACAGAGUACUGUGAUACCUAUUACAUUAAACCAGUUUAGAGGGCCAUUUUCUGAUGUAACACAGAGUACUGUGAUACCUAUUACAUUAAACCAGUUUAGAGGGCCAUUUUCUGAUGUAACACAGAGUACUGUAAUUCCUAUUACAUUAAACCAGUAUAUAGGGCCAUUUUCAGCAUUCACCUACUCUCCUCUGCCUCUGGCUGAGACGUAUUUCAGUCAUAAAAUAAAGACAAACAGUGGACAUUCUCUCAGCAGUUUAAACUG